GUUGGACGAGUUAGGGUGUUGCUGCUGCUCCUGAGGCCCUGGCCAAUGGAACCCGAUCCACCCCGCUGUGCGUAAGCGCGCAAUUAAGGAUUUAACCACGGCUGUGCUGUGCCUCAGCCAGCAGUCAGCGGGCGGGAGACGGAGCCUCCACGACUCCCAGCCUCCUCCUCGCUGCCGCCUCGCCUCCUCCUCUUCCUCCUCCUCCCUCGCGCCCACAGCCAUGUCUGCUUAAACCAGAGCAGCCCUACAGACAACCCCGGCAGCCGCCGCCGCCACAGCAGCAGGGACAGCCGCCGCCGACCGGGAGCGAUGACAGGAGUGUUUGACAGAAGGGUCCCCAGCAUCCGAUCAGGCGACUUCCAAGCUCCGUUCCAGACGUCUGCAACCAUGCACCACCCAUCUCAGGAAUCGCCAACUUUGCCCGAGUCCUCGGCCACCGAUUCCGACUACUACAGCGCCCCGGGGGGAGCCCCGCAUGGCUACUGCUCUCCUACCUCGGCUUCCUACGGCAAAGCGCUCAACCCCUACCAGUACCAGUACCACGGCGUCAACGGCUCCGCAGGCAGCUACCCCGCCAAAGCUUACGCGGACUACAGCUACGCCAGCCCCUACCACCAGUACAGCGGCGCCUACAACCGCGUCCCGAGCGCCACCAGCCAGCCAGAGAAAGAAGUGGCCGAGCCCGAGGUGAGGAUGGUGAAUGGCAAGCCAAAGAAAGUUCGUAAACCCCGGACUAUUUAUUCCAGCUUUCAGCUGGCUGCGCUGCAGAGGAGGUUCCAGAAGACUCAGUACCUCGCCCUGCCCGAACGCGCCGAACUGGCCGCCUCUCUCGGACUGACGCAAACACAGGUGAAAAUCUGGUUUCAGAACAAAAGAUCCAAGAUCAAGAAGAUCAUGAAAAACGGGGAGAUGCCCCCGGAGCACAGCCCCAGCUCCAGCGACCCCAUGGCGUGUAACUCUCCGCAGUCCCCAGCGGUGUGGGAGCCCCAGGGCUCCUCGCGCUCGCUCAGCCACCACCCUCAUGCCCACCCUCCGACCUCCAACCAGUCCCCCGCGUCCAGCUACCUGGAAAACUCGGCUUCCUGGUACCCAAGCGCAGCCAGCUCCAUCAAUUCCCACCUGCCGCCGCCCGGCUCCUUACAGCACCCGCUGGCGCUGGCUUCGGGGACUCUGUAUUAGGCGGGCUGAGUUCUUUUGCUUUCUGUUUUGGGACCAUUGUUUUGGGCUGUUUUAGGAAAAUCCGAAAGAAAGGAAUUCAAAUGGGAAAGUUUGGAAAGAAACGGAAACAAAAAGAGUCAUGUGUAAAGCUUUUUUUUUGCAUGUAAGUUAUUGCAUUUCCCGGGCCCCCACUCCCUUUUUUUACAGAUGAACUUUUUUGCGCAACUGUGGACACUAUCAAUGGUGCCUUGAAAUCUAUGACCUCAACUUUUGAAAAGACUUUUUUCAAUGUUAUUUUAACUGUGUACAUAAGUGUAGAUAGAGGAAUUAAACUGUAUAUUCUGGAUAAAUAAAAUUAUUUCGACCAUGAAAA